AUGCUAGAUAUGAAACAGAGAAAGCAGUCUUACUCUCUUCAUGAAUGCAAGUGUCUCUUACUAAACACUCCUGCCCUAAACCUACUUCCGAAUAUAUCAGAUUUUACAAACAAAACCGCUGUUUCUCUUUCUUGCACAAAAGACUCCAGUGCUCCACGAAGCAAAAACACCUGUCGGACUGAUUUGGUUCGUUUAAGCUUGAGUUUUCCUUUUGAUGAUUUUUUUUUUCUACACAUUACGGGGCGGAAUUUCGUGAUUGUUCUUCGACGAAAUGCGAUAACGGCACCGCGUAGCCUCAGUUUCCCGGAAAUUUCUCUUGUUUUUCGUCUUUCUUUUUACUAUCGCCUUCUUUUCUCACUUUUAUCGUUCCUGUUUUUCUUUGCUGUACUCAUUCUUUCUUCUUUUUUUCUUAUUCAUUGUUCUUCAUUUCUUUCUUUUCUCCCUUUUUCUUUUUCAGUGUUUUCUUUUCUCUUCCUUUUCUCACUUUCAUUGUUUUUUAUUUCUUUCCUUUCUCUUUCACAAUGUUUUCCUUUCUUUUCCUUUACUUGCUUUCAUUGUUUUUAUUUCCUUUUUCUCUUUCUACUUUCUUACAUUAUUUCUCUUUGCUUUUCAUUCCUUCCACUCUUAAAACAUUUUUUCUUUUCACUUUCCUUUUUUCAUAGAUUUUUUUCUUUUUUUCUCUCUCUCUUUCUCUUCCCUUUCCUCUUUUAUUGCUUUUCUUUUAUUUCUCUUCUCUUUCUCUCUUUCAUAAUUUUGUGGUUGGCUUUUCGUUUGCUAUCUUUCAUUAUUUUUCUUUCUUUUUUCUCUUCGAAUAUUUUACCUGAUGUCUUCCAUUUCUCUCUUUCAGAGUCUUUUUCUAUUUCCUCUUUCCUCUCUGUCAUUGUUUUCGCUUUUUUUUUAUUUUCUUGUCUCGUUCUUUCUUUUCUCCUUGUUUUUCUCUUUCAAAUUUUUUAUUUCUUUGUCAUUUUACUCUUUCCUAUUUUUAUCAUUUUCAUUAUUUUUUUUCUUUUUCUAUCUCCCUUCACUUUUUCCCUUUCUCUUUUCUGUCUUCUCUUUUAUCUUUCUCUCCAAACUUUUCCACACACUUUUCUAUUCUAUCUUUGGUUUAACCGUUUCCUUUCUUUAUUUCUUUAUAUCUUUCUCUCUUUCUUAUGUUUUUCUUUCCUUCAUUUCCUCUAUUUUGCUUUUCCUCUCUGUCAUAUAUUAUUCCCCUCUUCCCGCUUUCUCUUCCAUUGCUCUAUAUUUCAUUCUCUCUUCUUAUUCUCUUUUUUCUUUUUCUCUUCCAUUUCUCUAUAUUUCUUUUUCCCUUCUUAUUCUCUCGUUCUUUUUACUUAUCCAUUUCUCUAUAUUUCAUUCUCUUUUCUUAUUCACUCUUUCCUUUUUCUCUUCCAUCCCUCUAUAUUUCAUUCUUUCUUUUUAUUCUUUCUUUCCUUAUUCUCUCCCAUUCCUCUAUAUUUCACUCUCUCUCUCUCUCUUCUUAUUCUCUCUUUCCUUUUUCUCUUUCAUUCCUCUAUUUCAUUCUCUCUUCUUAUUCUCUUUUUUUCUUUUUCUCUUCCAUUCCUCUAUAUUUCUUUUUCCCUUCUUAUUCUCUCGUUCUUUUUACUUAUCCAUUUCUCUAUAUUUCAUUCUCUCUUCUUAUUGCCUUUUUUCUUUUUCUCUUCCAUUCCUCCAUAUUUCAUUCUCUCUUCUUAUUCUCGCUUUCUUUGUCUUUUUCUGUCCAUUCUCCCUGUUAUUUUCCUUUUCCAUUUAUUUAUUUGUAUUUUUCUUUUUCCAUACAUUGUUUACUUCCUUCUUUUCUUUUUCUGUUUUCUCUUUCUAUAUUACUUACUUUCAUUAAUUUUUAUUUCUUUCCCUUUUGCUUUUCUUUCACCUUUUCUUCCUUUCAUUCUUCUCCUCAUUCAUUCAUUUUCCGUCACAUUCCUUAUAUCUCUUACAUUUUUCUCUAAUUCUUUCUUUCACGACUUGCUUUUAUAUUCCCCCGUCUUUCUUUUUUUUUUUUUCGUUUUUUCUUUUUUUCAUAUUUUCUUUUAUUUCAUUCGUUUCAUACUUAUUUCUUUAUUUAUCUUUUUUUUUGUUCGUAUCUUUCGCUGUUUCAUUCUUUUUCAUUCAUUUGACCGAGCUUAUUUUUUCUUCUUCUUUUUCUUCUUCUUCUUCUUCUCCUUCUUCUUUAUGUACCGUGUUCUUCUGUCUUUAUAA